CCCUAAAUACAUCUCAACACUGAGGAAAUAUUAAAUAUAUAGUGCUUGCUAUUCAGUUUUACAAUAUUUUACGUAUUACUUGUGAAAUUAGUGAAGUUGAUAAAUUCACGGUUACCGGCGUUGAGGAUUUGCUAAAUUGUCAUCUCGAUAUAAGGUAAAAUAUAGCAUUAUUUUAGCGAAAUCGGCUAUUUUGCGUCAUAAUACUUGUGUUUACAAGGAAACCAGUAAAUAUAGCUUAAGUAUUAGGCCGUAUAAGUUAAUAAUAUUAAUGAACAUAACCUCUUCGAGUUUGUUGACACAACUCCUUUGUUUAAAACUACUUAACCUUUCUACUAAUUUUCUUGACUAAUUAGCUUCACAUCUCUUAAUUAUUAUUAUAACUUCCUUCUUACUGUCUCUGUCUCCAUUUCCAAUAUGAUUCUCACACGUAAAGUCCAUGCUCGCCAGGAGGAGUCAAAGCUUAACUUGGCUUUGAGCGAACUAAAGGCCUCAAGGGAGUUGUGUGAACAAUUAAUGAGGGAAAGAGAUGACAAUGAGAGGGAAUUCUUAGACGUGUUAAACAGUAAUAAGAAGCUUAAAUGUGAAAUGGCUCAGUUACAUACUCAACACACUGAAGCCAUUGAGGCCCGGGAUAGACUCCAAUUCGUUGUGGACGGAUUCAGUCAAUGCAGCAGUGAGUACGAACAAACAUUACAUGAUAAAGCUCAUUUGGAACAGCAGCUGCAUGAGGCCAAUAAUCAAAUUAGCCACCUUGAAACGAUUAAUCAUAACAUCACGGCCAGUCUGAAUAACAGUCUCUUCAGCGAAUUGGUGUCAGCCCGUGCUUCUCAAUCACAACAUAUAGACUUGAAUCCAUUGACUAUAGACUUAACUUGUGAAAGUGAUUCAUGUCAUUCCUCAAGAACUCUUUGUUACAGUAAUAAAAAACUAAAGAAGUAUAUUAAAAUAAACAAAUUCAUAACAAAGACUAACAGAUUGGUGAAAAGACAAAAGUUUUUCAUAAAAAAUGUAAAAUUAAACAAAGAACGGUUCCGGCUUUUAAAUCAACUAAAUAUUUAUUCUAACAAAUUAAAUCAAAGGAAUAGGAAAUAUGAAACUGACACACAGAACUUACAACUAGAAAUAGAUCAUUUAACAGCAAAGUUGCACACAAUGACCAAUAAAUAUAGUGCAUCAGAAAAACAAAUGAGGGAAUACAUGUUGGCUAUGGAUGAGUUAGUGCGGUCACAGUCACAGGAAAACCCAUGUGAAAAAUGUGAUUCUAGUAAUGUGCUGCCUGCUUGUACUGUGCCAACGUGUGAUACCACCUUGCCUCAUGGUGCCAGUUUAUUACUUCCUAGCCAAUGUAAUAAUAACUCUAGCUGUAAUAACAAUAAUGUUGUGAUCUUCAGUGAUGAGAUUGGUAAAAACUUAGGUUCCUUAUUGACAAGUAAAUACCCUGGACAAUCAAUAAUAAAUCACUGUAUGCCCGGCUGUACUUUUGGUAAUAUUUUGGAGAGAAUUAUUAAUUAUAAUUUUAAUCAUGAUGCUACCCUCAUAAUUAUUUGUGCAAAUAGAGCAAUAGCUUGCCACAGGAAGAAAAUAACCAUAGAUAUAAAUUAAAUGUUGCAAUGUGUAAUUGCAUAAAUUAUAAUUUAUGCAAUUGCACAAAUGUACAUAUUAUUGACACCAACAAUUAUGUUGGUAAACAUGUAUGUUUGACGAAAGAUAGGUACUAUCUUUCCAGGUAUUAUUUAAGACAGAUAGCUGUGUCGCUAUCAUAUUUUAUUAAUAUAACAGCCAAAAACUUGGCUAAACAGGUUGCUCCUAUUGAGCAACAUUCAAAGAUUGACAUAGCUCAAAAUAAUUCUAUUGACAUUCCCUAUAAUUUAAAUUAAAUUAAAAAUUUAAAAAACCCCCGACAUAAAAAUUAAUUUCCCUUUAAAAAGUAAAAAAAUAAUAAAAGAAACUUAAUCUUAAAUUACCUAAGAAGGUACUAAUAAUUCUAAAAAAAAAUACGUCGCGUUGAGGGACCGCUCCUAAUUAUUUCUUACUUAUCUACGAUUUGUUCAUAAGUAUCACAUGCUUGGUGUUAACAUUAAAGUAAAUUAUUGGUGUUUAAGUACUUAACUAUAACGCAGAAAAUAGAAAUAUAGCGGCGCGGGCGGCGGUGUGCAGUCCGUAUUCAUGCAGUCCCCCAACGAGACGAAUUUUUUUUUAGAAUUAUUAGUACCUUCUUAGGUAAUUUAAGAUUAAGUUUCUUUUAUUAUUUUUUUACUUUUUAAAGGGAAAUUAAUUUUUAUGUCGGGGGUUUUUUAAAUUUUUAAUUUAAUUUUUUAUUUUAUACUUUUAAUUUCGAUUCUUGUUAAGGUAAAGAUUACAUCUAAGGUCAAGCUCGUUCGCUUUUUUUUUGACUUAUUAAUUACUAGUUUUUGUUUCAUUAAGUAGGCUAAAGAUUACAUUGGUGCAAGAUUUUUUGUUUAUAAUAAAACGUUAAAUUAAAAAUUUUAUAUUUUUGUUAUUAAAUUUUUAUUUUUUUUAUUUUUUUAUUUAAUUUUUUAUUUUUGUUAAUACGAAAAAAUAAUAUCUUUCAAUAUCUUCUUUCAGUGCGGUUUAAUUUGAGACCCCAUCCCAGUAUAUUUGCAGACCUUCGGCUAAUCUCCCCACUUUCACCGCCCAUAACUUUAAAACGGCUCAACCGAUUUUCAUCAAACAUGUCUAAGAACACUCGCACAUAAGUCCCCUUUCAUACGAAAAAAACUAAAUUGAAAUCACUGCAUCCGUUCGGGAGUUAUGAUGCCACAGACAGACAGACAGACACGUCAAACUUAUAACACCCCUCUUUUUGCGUCGGGGGUUAAAAAAAAGACAAGAGAGUCCACCUCUUGCAAAUAUAACAGUAAUGUUAUCAAUCUGGUUCACCAAAAUAUUCAAGGUUUUAUGAGCAAGGAAUUAGAAAUAGAACUAUUUUUAAAUUGUAAUAAUGUUGAUAUUCUGUGCAUUACUGAGCAUUGGUUGAAAUCUCAUCAACUAAUGUUCAACUUUGAUAAUCAUCAGAUUGGUAGCUCGUUCAGCAGGGAAAACGCUAUACAUGGUGGUUCACUAAUUUUACUAAAUAACAAACUUAAAUUUAAAGAACGCAAGGAUAUAGUUAGUUACUCUGUUGAACGUACUGUUGAAAUAGCCUGUGUGGAAUUAGAGCGGUUUAUUGUUUUAAGUGUAUAUAGACCACCUACUGGUUUGUAUGACUGUUUUGAAACAGUAUUAGAUGAAGUGUUAAAUAAACUCAGUAGUUCAAAUAAAUUCAUCAUUACUUGUGACGAUUUUAAUGUAAAUUUGUUAGAAAAUUCUAGUUUAAGUACAAAAAUUGUAAGUUUAUUUGCCUCAUUUAACCUCACGAACCUGUUUCUGGAGCCCACUAGGAUAACUCCUACUAGUGCCACUUGCCUAGAUAAUAUUUAUACUGAUAUUGUACCAACUAAUAAACAAAUUAUAUCAUUGCUUGAUUCAGAUCAUUGUGGACAAUUAAUUUCAAUAACAAAUAAAGUAAAUAAAGUGUCGAAACCA